GGCCGGGAGCCCUGCCGGCUCUCAUUAGUCAGCCGCGCGGGGAGGAGCCGGCUGACCUUACGCUGGCCCGGCCUCUGCGGCCAUUAGAGCUCAUCCCUCGGUGGCCGCGCUGCCUCCCAGUCCUCGAGGUGGGUGGGGCGGCCCUGCCCCGACUUAAGGAAGGGUGAGAUCCUCGGGGUGGCCCUCCGGGUCCCGGACCGCUGCGUGCGAGGCGGAGAAGUUGGCCUCAGGCCUUUACGCAGCAGAUAAACCGAACUCCAGCCUGAAAUUGAGGGUCCACGGCAGGAAAAAAGAUGCGAGCGUCCAUCCCAGAGCCCAAAGUUGGAGACCUGAUUGAGAUUUUCCGCCCUUUCUACAGACACUGGGCCAUCUACGUUGGCGAUGGAUAUGUGGUCCACCUGGCACCCCCAAGUGAAAUUGCGGGAGCGGGUGCGGCCAGCAUCAUGUCCACCCUGACUGAGAAGGCCGUGGUGAAAAAAGAGCGGCUGGAUGACGUGGUCGGGAGAGACAGGUACCAGGUCAAUAACAAACAUGACGACAAGUACUCGCCGCUGCCUCCCGGCAAAAUCGUCCAGCGGGCGGAGCAGCUGGUGGGCCAGGAGCUGCCCUACUCGCUGCCCUGUGAGAACUGCGAGCACUUUGUGAACGAGCUGCGCUACGGAGUCGCCCGCAGCGAUCAGGUCAGAGACGCCGUCGUGGCGGCUGGCAUCGCUGGCGUGGGCUUGGCCGCCGUGGGCCUCAUGGGAGUCAUGUUCUCCAGAAACAAGCGGCAGAAGCAAUGAGUGGGAAGGGACCGUCCCAGCAGCAGUGACUUUUGUACACUCAGGGGGUCUUGUCGGGCCGGAGGUGUUGAGGUUUCGGUUUGCGGAUUUCAUGCUGUUUGAUGAUACGGCUUAUUUUCGCAGGAUAAAAUAAAGCCCAGUAAGGGAGGAUUUUGCUGGAGGAAAUGCA